UAUAAUUGCGUACGUCGUUUUUUACCACUUGUUUGGGAGGGAUGCAUGCAUUAGGUUUUUUAAAAAGCACGCAACAGGAAUUGUAUGAAUUGUACCUAUAGAGUGUGUGCGCAAUGAGCUCUGUUUAAGCACAGUACUUUUUUACGAGACGCUAUGUAUGAUUGCCGUUCUUACGAGCAACACAUUUUUAAUUACUAGGGUGGAAUUUUUAUCGCGAAUCGAAUCCGAUGUGUCAAAAUGGAAACAAAUGUACUCUCAAAAUGGUGUCGGAUUUGUUCUUCUGAAUUCAACGCCGGGAUUUUUCUUUUCGGUGAAGAGGCUAGAAGGUUGUUUCUCCAUGCGAAAAUCAGAAGAUAUCUUGCCCUAACUAUUUCUGUUGAGGACAAGUUGCCGAAAAUGAUUUGUGAAGACUGUUAUAAGAAACUAGAUGGAUUCCACAGGUUUGCAACCAUGGCUCUUAGGAACCAAGACAAAAUGACCAAAUUCGUAUGCACAACCAGUAGUAACGUUCUCGAGCAGAAAAAUAUAGAAAAUAAAUCUUUGCUGCACACGUACCUAACCAAAGGAAUCAAAGAAAAAGAAAUCCAACCCGAAUCAGAAAUAACCGAAAUGGAAGUCCGAGUCGAUCCUAUGAUGAUCCUCCAGUGCUCUCUAGAAACCGAAGAGGACGACGAAGACGCAGACAGAAGUGACGCGGCAUCGGACAGUGAAGGACACGUGCAAAGUGAAAACUGUGUCAAAUACAACAAACCAUAUCUAUGUCCCACGUGUCCCAGAAGUUUCACUUCAGAACUUGCCCUGCAGAAUCACACCUGGAGCCACUCGCCACACACUAAACGAAUAUUGAACAGCCACGACAACUGGAUGGAACAAGAAGUAGACGAAGAGAAAGAGACUGAAGAAAACGAUGCUUCCACAAACAACGAGGACGAAGACAACACCGAGGAAUUUGCAAACUCCAAGUUUUCCUGCCCAAUUUGUGGCAAAGCGAUUUCGACAAAAGGUAACUUGAAAGUGCACCUGGAAACGCACAGACCUAAAGGAAAAUACGGUUGUGAUAUCUGCGGACGAAUAUUUAAAACGCAGUGUAAUUUGUACAGACACAAAGAGUAUCACGGAGGUAUCCAGUAUCCUUGUGGGGUCUGCGGUAGAGUGUAUCCCACAAACAGCACCUUGCGGGCCCAUUCUAUCACUCACAGCGACCUGCGACCCCACAAGUGUCCCCUAUGCGACAAGACAUUCAAGAGGAAUCAAGAUCUUAAAUUUCAUAUAAAUCAGCAUACUGGUGCUCGGCCGUAUCAGUGUCCGUACUGUCCUAAGGCUUUCGCGAGUUCAGGUAACUGUUUUUCCCACAGAAAAAGGAUGCAUCCCAUCGAAGUCGAACGAGACAGGGAGAGGGCGGCGAAAAUUAUGAGAUAAUUGAGCCGGGAUUUGAAUAGGUGCAAUUUUUAAGAGACCCGAAGUCCGCCUGACGAGGUAAACAAGUGAGGUUAUGUUCUGUUUUGUCAAAAAAUGUUGUAAAAAAGCUAUCAUUGUAUGUGUGUAUAGAUAACCGGGUGUCAUAUUCAAAAUUAUAGAAUCUACUUUCACAUAAUCUAAUAAUCUGCAUUAAUUUUUCUGAUUUGCGGAUUAUGUUUCGUUGUGGAUUACGCCUUUUAGAAGUCCACUUGGUGUUUAGACUUUGAUCUGUCCUCGAAAUAGAAUAUUUUUGGAUAUAACCCCACUUGGUACUUUUCUUUCGUAAACAACAAACAUUUUUACCUUCUCUCUUAUUAUAGUAGAUCAACUGUGAUGAAUUUUGUAUACGAUUUUUUAUUUUUAUUGAUAUUACGUAGACAAAAUGAAUGUCAAGCUGUGUGGUAGAAAAAUUAAUGUCAUUAUUUACAUAGCAAUAAAAUCAUUUCUAUGGAGAGUCACAGUACUGACAAAAAAGGUGACAAUUUUUAGUUACUAGUAUAACAAUGGCUGAAACUUACAGUAUUAUAUUGUAAUAUUAGAUGACCGUGUAAAUACAGUUGUUGAAUAAAGGACAUUUUAAAACGAA